CCCCCAAUCUUACCUCCAACGUCUUUCCCCCUUCCGUCUUACCAACAAAGAAGUCCUAGUACAGGUUCUCGAAUCGCCUCAUAGCUUAGCUUGAAGGCAUACCACACCUUUAUUACUUUGUAAGCUCGCUAAGUUUCGCAACCAUGGGCACCUUUCCUGGAUUUCUGUAUCGGCAGUUUACCUUCAAGCCCAAGCCGCUGCCUGAGAGCCUGAAUCUUAGUGGCAAGACGGCUCUAGUCACGGGCGGAAAUGCGGGCCUCGGUUUCGAGGCCGCCAAAGAGCUUACUUCUCACGGCUUGGCUCGAAUCAUCCUCGGAGUUCGUAGCGUAGCCAAGGGAGAAGAAGCGAAGAAGACGCUUCUCGCCAUUAACCCUCAGAUAGACGUUCAAGUAUGGGCUAUUGACCAGGAGUCUUUCGAGAGCAUUAAAAACUUCGCCGACCAGGCCACAAGCCUGGAUAGGUUAGACGUCGCUAUCCUCAACGCCGGCGUGAAGAGCAUGGAGUACGUCAAGUCGAAAACGGGCCACGAGCUAAACGUCCAGGUUAACCACUUGGGAACCGCUCUCCUAUCCCUUCUACUUCUCGGGCCUCUAAAGAGAACCGCCGCGGCAACGGGCUCGCCAUCGCGCUUGACUAUUGUCAGCUCAGAAAACCACUUCUGGGUAAAGCUCAAGGAGAUUAAGGGUCCUGACACGCUAGCCACUAUGGAUAAGCCGGAGACGUUCGGAAAGGGCAUGGACCGGUACAACGCGACCAAGCUGUUAAAUGUGCUAUGGAUGCGCGAGUUGAGCUCCAAGACUGCGGCCUCUGACGUUAUAAUCGAUGCCGUCAACCCGGGAUUUUGCCAGAGCACCUUGCACCGUACGGAUUCUAGCGGGUCGUCCUUCGCUAAUCUGAUCGGUUGGACAUCGGCUCAAGGAGGACACUGCCUGACGGAUGCCGCAACGCAGCACGCCAAAGAUGGCCACGGAGCAUAUCUCAGCGAGCAGAGCGUUAAGAGUCCCUCUUCUUUUGUCCUUUCGCCGGCCGGACGGAGCGCGCAGACAAAGAUCUGGAACGAGACCAUUCAGCUACUAAAAGAGGAAGCACCUGGCGUCGACCUACUUGCUCACGUCUAGUCUGAAUAUCGAAGAGUUUGUGUCACAUUAAACAUUCUGCAUAUCGCUCAUACCUUUAGCAAGCGAGGUAGGUAACUGGGAGGAGUAUCCGGACCAAUUGUUUCAAGUUUGAUAUCUAGGUACCUAGCGAGGUAGUUUAAUUUUCUUAUCUAUUACCUUUUGUAGAUUCACCAAUAAUAUCACCUUUUGAUUCUUGAAGCUAUAAUACCAAUAUAAACACGUUGCACAAAGUUUCGAUGUACGUCUAAUCAAUCGGGGCGGGGCGUUAAAAGCUUCUAUUCUUGGUCCUUUUAAUACAUAGUAUGUUGAGUCAAUUGAUUGGCUGGAAUUUUGAGUUUACUCUCCGAUGCCAACUAAGAGGUCCUACUAUUGUUACGUACCUAUAUCAUGCAAAUGGGCCAACGCUGAAAUGGGUGGACACAAGAAAAUAGAAAAUAUACAAAUAUUCUAAACGCAAGCUGCCUAAGUAACAUGAUGCGAGAUACAACCGCGGUACCAAAAGUAUAUUUCUUAUUAGCACAAUUGCCAUUACCUACAGUCUCUCUGACACAUAAUUCAUCCAUCGUUUUUUAUGAAGGAUGCCUAUUAAUU